AUGCAGCGUUCUGGGAAGCCCCUGAGGUGUACAACCCACUGUUGCAACGAUUCCUCGGCAGUUUCGCACAGUAACCUGCUGGACAACCUGCUGGACGCGGCGUCCUAUGAGAUAGACGCCACUCGACAAUCCGGCCAUGUCCGGAUUAUUCAUCGCCGUCCUACAGUUCGGAAAACGACUGGAGGCACUGCGAUGACCAUUCUCGAGCACGGCACGGAAACGUGUAUCGGUGGACCGACCCUUCCCCAGAUACGACGCCUCGUCACCCGAAGUGCCCGGCCCCAACUCGCGCGUUUGGCAAAGCGCCGGAGCGCCGCACUGCCGGCCGGGCUGACGAGCGGAUCCAGCAUUUACGUUGCCGCAGCGGGCGGAGGAGUUGUCGUCGACGUCGACGGCAGCUCGUUCAUCGACUUCGGCAGCGGCAUCGCCGUGACCACCGUCGGAAACAGUGCGCCGCGCGUGGUCGAACGCGCCACGCGCCAGCUCGCGCUGUUCAACACCCGGCAGCGAGGCGCUCUCGAGAACGCCGUGAAAUACGCACGUGCCGCGACCGGUCGCCCGGCAGUUGUCGUCUUCGACCACGCAUUCCACGGUCGCACGUUGAUGACCAUGACGAUGACGGCCAAGAACCAGCCGUACAAGGCCACAUUCGGCCCGUUCGCACCAGAGCGCAUCGCCGAAUUCUGCCGUGAGCGGGGCAUUCUCGUCGUCGCGGACGAGGUCCAGACCGGUAUCGCUCGAACCGGAGCCUGGUUCGCCAGCGAGCGGCAAUCCCGUGGCCUGCGAGGCCGCCCUGGCGAAGUUUUCGAGACGAUCGAGGUGGAAGGCCUCCUCGACCGCGCAAAGGACAUCGGCGAAAUCCUGACCACAGGGCUGUCCGAAAUCGCUUCGGACACAGACAUAAUCGGCGACAUUCGUGGACGCGGCGCCAUGAUUGCAAUCGAACUCGUCCACGACGAGGACAAGGCUCCGAAUCGCGAGGCCGUCGCCCAGAUCGUCAGCUACGCCCACGCGCACGGUCUCCUUCUGCUCACCGCCGGCACCUAUGGAAACGUCGUCCGUUUCCUCCCGCCGCCGAGCAUCUCCGACGAGUUGCUGACCGAAGGACCCCGGCAUUCUUCGCGACGCGUCUUGAUCGGCGGAGCUUGGGUCACGGGCAGUGACGGCACACUGACGGACACCAACCCGGCCCGUCCCGACGAGGUUGUCGCCACCGGAGGCCGCGCCGGUGCCUCCGGAAAUGGCGACCGGUGUUCGCGUCGCCCGCAUCGCCGCGAACGACUGGGCCCCGCCUGCCGAUGUCCGCACGCGGCGCAUACCUCACUCGCGCAGCGGAAAUCAUCGAAUCCAACGCUGAGGCCUGGGGCGAAGAACUCACCCGCGAAGAAGGGAAAACGCUGGCCGAGGGUAGUCGGAGAGGGCGUCGUCACGCCGUUCAACUUCCCGAUCGCGAUCCCGGCAUGGAAGAUUGCGCCCCGCCUUGGUGUACGGAAACACCGUCGUCUGGAAACCGGCUGCCGCGUGCCCCUUCUGGCCUUCCGUCUCGCGCAGGCACUGGACCGAAGCGGGCCUACCCGACGGAGUCCGAACAUGAUCCUCGCCGACGGCGCGGCCGGUGAAGCGCUGGUCGAUCACCCGGACCUCGACGCCGUCACCUUCACCGGUUCCACCGGCGUCGGCCGAAAGAUCGCGGGAUCUGCUGCGGCGCGCGGAGUUCCGGUACAGGCGGAAAUGGGUGGAAAGAACGCAGCCGUCGUACUUGCCGACGCAGAUCCCGAGCUUGCGGUCGAGCAGGUCAUGCUGGGCGCAUUUCGGUCAACCGGCCAGAAAUGCACGGCCACUUCGCUGACCGUCGAAGUCAAGCAACUGAGAGUCGGAGAUCCACUCGAUCCCGACGUCACGACAGGUCCCGUGGUCAGUGCAUACGCGCAGCAGUCGAUCAUCGAGGGGAUCAAACGAGCCGUCGACGGCGGCGCCAGGGUUGUGGCCACCGCCGAAGCGCCGCAGUCGGGCUACUACGUCCAGCCGACAGUGCUGGAACUACCGGCAAGCACCGAACUGUGGUUCGAGGAACUCUUCGGCCCGGUACUGGCGGUGCAGCGGGCGGCAACAACCGCAGACGCAUUCCGCUUGGCGAACGAGGGCGAAUUCGGUUUGUCCGCAGCAUUGUUCACGCAAGACCUGACCAGUGCACUUGCCGGUAUCGACGAUCUGUACGUGGGGAUCCUGCACGUCAAUUCCGGAAUCGGCGGGCGC